CUAUACUCCACAAAAGCAUACUGCCAGUUUCGAUAUCUAACACGGAGCGUGGCUCGCUGCGGUUGUGUCCCUCUUCGAGUCCAGGAUAUUUGGGUUGCGUCUGACAGAGCAGAACGUCAAACAUAUGCUCAGAUUCUCUAUGGGAAUUUACAAAAGAGAACGCGAAAAAUCCGACAAGAUGGCAAGAGAUAUCCUGAACUUGUUUUCCGGGAGCGACUGCAUCGCGAUGCCGGAGACAGAUCUCGAUUUCCUCGAAGACGGCUGGACAGGCGACAUGAGCGCCGAGGCUAGAGCAUCUACAUCCUCAAACUCAACAACAUUCUACGUCUUUGUAGAAUUCCCUUAUAACGAAUACCUGGAAUAUCGCAAAAGAGAUAUCAUAUCUAGCAGUGUCAAAGGCGGCAUUGGAUGCACUAAUCACCGCUGCGGGCUUCAAGAAACCUCCUUAUGGUUUGAACUCGAUAGCGCUGAGAGCUCGACCAUGCACUCACACCGUGUGGCGUGA